CCCGGAUGAAGAACACAUGUGCGGUGAAUGUAACUGCGGCAGCUCUAAAGCGGCUCUCGUGCUUAUAUCAUUCAGUCUGCUGUACAGACGGACACACUCAUCCCUUCAUUCACCUCCAGAACACUUUACAAAAUGCUGCGUUUACCCACUGUGAUGAAACAGAUGAGGCCAGUGUGCAGGGCGCUGGCCCCACAUUUGACCCGUGCGUACGCAAAGGACGUCAAGUUUGGAGCCGAUGCCCGGGCCCUCAUGCUCCAGGGCGUUGACCUUUUGGCUGAUGCUGUGGCAGUCACAAUGGGACCAAAGGGUCGCACCGUCAUCAUUGAGCAGAGCUGGGGAAGCCCCAAGGUCACCAAAGAUGGUGUCACGGUGGCCAAAAGUAUUGAUCUGAAGGAUAGGUAUAAGAACAUCGGGGCCAGGCUUGUACAAGACGUAGCCAACAACACUAAUGAGGAGGCUGGAGACGGCACCACAACCGCCACAGUGCUGGCUCGUGCUAUUGCCAAGGAGGGAUUUGACACCAUCAGCAAAGGCGCCAACCCUGUUGAAAUCCGUAGAGGAGUUAUGACUGCAGUGGAGACGGUCAUCAAUGAACUCAAAAAAACCUCAAAGCCAGUCACAACACCAGAGGAAAUCGCCCAGGUGGCCACUAUUUCUGCCAAUGGAGACACUGAGGUUGGUGAGAUUAUCUCCAAUGCCAUGAAGAAAGUUGGACGUAAAGGUGUUAUAACUGUAAAGGAUGGUAAAACUUUACACGAUGAGCUUGAGAUCAUUGAGGGAAUGAAGUUUGACCGUGGCUACAUUUCUCCUUACUUCAUCAACACCGCUAAAGGUCAAAAAUGUGAGUUCCAGGAUGCUUAUCUGCUUCUAAGCGAGAAGAAGAUCUCCAGCGUACAGAGCAUCGUGCCAGCACUGGAACUUGCCAACCAGCACCGCAAGCCUCUGGUCAUUGUGGCUGAAGAUGUGGAUGGAGAGGCACUCAGUACUCUGGUCCUCAACAGGUUAAAGGUUGGACUGCAAGUUGUUGCAGUCAAGGCUCCAGGAUUUGGGGACAACCGGAAGAACCAGCUGCAGGAUAUGGCAGUGGCCACUGGUGGCACAGUGUUUGGUGAUGAUGCUGUCGGUCUGGCCAUUGAGGAUAUCCAGGCACAUGACUUUGGCAAGGUUGGCGAGGUCAUCGUGACCAAGGAUGACACGAUGCUCCUCAAAGGCCGUGGUGAUCCAGCAGCUGUUGAGAAACGUGCGAACGAGAUCGCCGAACAACUGGAGAGCACAAACAGCGACUACGAGAAGGAGAAACUCAACGAGCGGCUAGCAAAACUUUCUGAUGGAGUGGCUGUGAUUAAGGUUGGAGGAACAAGUGAUGUUGAAGUAAAUGAGAAGAAAGACCGUGUCACUGAUGCUCUGAACGCCACGCGAGCUGCUGUGGAGGAGGGAAUUGUGCCUGGAGGAGGCUGCGCCCUGUUGCGCUGCAUCCCAGCCCUGGAUACCAUCAAGCCUCUAAAUGAGGAUCAGAAAAUAGGUAUUGACAUUAUUCGCAGAUCUUUGCGUAUUCCUGCAAUGACCAUUGCUAAGAAUGCAGGAGUUGAAGGAUCUCUGGUGGUGGAGAAGAUUUUACAGAGUGCUCCAGAAAUUGGAUAUGAUGCCAUGAAUGGAGAAUAUGUCAACAUGGUUGAAAAAGGAAUUAUUGACCCCACAAAGGUUGUGAGGACCGCAUUACUUGAUGCUGCAGGUGUUGCGUCUCUGCUGUCCACUGCUGAAGCCGUCGUCACCGAGAUCCCCAAGGAAGAGAAGGAAAUGCCAGGUGGAGGAAUGGGAGGCAUGGGAGGUAUGGGUGGUAUGGGAGGCAUGGGAGGCUUCUAAACCACACUUCAAUGACUUUAGAAAGAAGGGUUGUGGGCAGGGGACAUGAUUCGCCCCUUUCUUUCAACUCAGAAAAACCUGCCGAUACAGAGUGCUGGUCUUGACACGGAGCAAAGAUAUGGACCUUACUAUCCCCCCAUCUUCCACCACUGUCCAUCCCAUCUGAUCUCAUCUCUCUGCUCAUGACCGAAGACAUGACUCUAUCCUGAAAAUGUCUGUUUGCUUGGAUAAUUAGCAUUGUGCUUAUUGUUUCCAUCCAACCAUUUAAAUGGGAAUGUGCAUAUUGAAAACUGCUUCAUGCUGUUGUAUUGUUUGAAAGCGUUUAUCAUUGUGCAUAAAGCUGGUUCUGAAGGGGCUUAUAAAGCAAGACAUUCAGGUUGAAAUCUGCAAGAAAGCAGAUACUUUGACUAGUUGUAUCUAAAAAAUUCCUUCUCAUUGAUCAGUUCUUUUUUUGUACACUGUUCAUUAUUUCAUAUAAAAAUAAAGCUCAUUUUGGGAUUACACAUCUCUUUGUUAUUUUAUAUUAAAGAACAGGUCAGUGAAUAGAAUAUUUGGAAAUCAGCCUGAAAUGUAUGCUAAUGUUGUCAUGUGUUCAUGGGUCUGAUUAGGGGCUGAGGAUCUUUUGGUCAAGACUAUUAGUUUAUUAGGAAGGUUAAGUUGAGGGGAUGGUGAACUUGUUGCACAGCAGUUUUAAAACAGCCCUACAAAGCAUGCCAGACAAUAUUCAUUUUACACCACAACCCAUGUGAAUUCAUUCUACAGAUCUUAUUAUGAGUGGUGGUACCUAAAGUUGUUUUCAAAACAAAACUGCUGUUCAGAAAGAGAUUAGAUUUUGUUAACAGAAGGUACAUUCUCUAUGAAUGUGCCGCAACGAUCAUUCAUCAAUGUUUUGUACAAUGUAGUCUUUAAUUACUGUAUUUUUUAUUUAAUAAAGCUAAAUGUUUGAAAAACAA